AUGAUCAGCAAAGCAACUCCCGCCUCGAUCAAGACCUGCUCGCCCCUCUCAAUCCGAUCUGCCCUCCGCUCGAUCCACACCGAGAAGCCCCCAGCAAGAACUGUUUUCUCGCCCCUCGACACCUUUGCCCGUCGUCAUAAUGGCCCUAGCCAGUCUGAGAUCAAGGAGAUGUUGAGCGCCAUCGGCUUGAAGGACUUGGACGGACUUACUGGAAAGACUAUCCCUGACCGUAUCCGUUCUACACGCGCACUGGCUCUCGAUCAUGGAUUCACAGAGAAGGAAGUUCUGGAGCGUCUGAAGCAUAUUGCUUCCAAGAACAAGGUCUUCAAGAACUACAUCGGAAUGGGCUACACCGACGUUGUCGUUCCCAAUGUCAUCUUGAGAAACGUCCUGGAAAACCCCGGCUGGUACACUCAAUACACUCCUUACCAGCCCGAGAUUGCUCAGGGUCGUCUGGAGUCCUUGCUCAACUACCAGACCAUGGUUACCGAUCUCACUGGUAUGUCGAUUGCCAACGCCUCUCUUCUGGAUGAGGGUACUGCUGCCGCUGAAGCCAUGAUCAUGUGCUGGGCUGCCACCAACCGCAAGAAGAGCACCUUCUUUGUGGACGAGAACUGCCAUCCCCAGACAAUUGCCUGCGUUCAGACCCGUGCUGAGGCCUUCAACAUCAAGGUCAUCGUUGGAAACCAUCGCGACUUUGACUUUGAGUCCAUCAAGGGCGACAUGGCUGGUGUUAUUAUUCAGUACCCCGAUACUCGCGGAAACGUUACCGACUACAAGGCAUUCGCUGAUAAGAUUCACGGAUAUGGUGCCCAGGUCGUCACCGCCACUGACUUGAUGGCUUUGACCAUGCUCACCCCUCCCGGAGAGUGGGGUGCCGACAUUGCUCUCGGUAACUCUCAGCGUUUCGGCGUUCCUCUUGGCUAUGGUGGCCCCCACGCUGCUUUCUUCGCCUGCAAGGACGAGCACAAGCGCAGGAUGCCCGGUCGCUUGGUCGGUGUCUCCAAGGAUGUCGAGGGCAACAAGGCCUACCGUCUCGCCCUUCAGACGCGUGAGCAGCACAUUCGCCGUGAGAAGGCUACCUCCAAUAUCUGCACGGCUCAGGCCCUCUUGGCUAACAUGGCUGCCCUCUAUGCCGUCUAUCACGGACCUGCCGGUAUUAAGCAGAUCGCUCAACGCAUCCACAACAUGACCGCCAUUUUUGCCGAGGGCGUUCGUCAGGCCGGCCACAAGGUUGAGAACGAACAAUUCUUUGAUACCUUGACCAUCAAGGUCCAGGGAGGCGCCGACAGCCUUGUCAAGAAGGCCCUUGCCGCUGGAAUCAACGUCCGCCAAUUCGACGCUGAGACUGUCGGUGUCACUUUCGACGAGUCCUGCAACAAGGCCGAGCUGGAUGAUCUGAUCAAGAUCUUCGCUCAGGAUGGCGCCGCCCCCGACCUCCUCAGCAUUGCUCAGAAGCUUAACAUCUCCGAGACCAGCCCCGCCAAGGUCCUCGACGAGAAGUUCAUUCGUACCUCGGACUAUCUGACCCACAAGAUCUUCAACUCUUACCACUCCGAAACUGAGAUGCUCCGCUACAUCUACCGCCUUCAGAACAAGGAUCUCUCUCUGACUCACUCCAUGAUCCCUCUCGGCUCCUGCACCAUGAAGUUGAAUGCCACCACCGAGAUGAUCCCCGUCACCUGGCCCGAGCUCGGAAACAUCCACCCCUUCGCCCCCGACAAUCAGACUGAGGGUUACCAGAUCAUGCUCAAGGAGCUUCGUCGCGACUUGGCCGAGAUCACUGGAUUCGAUGAUGUCUCUCUUCAGCCCAACUCUGGCGCCCAGGGAGAGUACGCUGGUCUCCGUACUAUCCGUGCCUACCACGAAACCCGAGGCGACCACAAGCGCAACGUCUGCUUGAUCCCAGUCUCUGCCCACGGUACCAACCCCGCCUCUGCCGCCAUGGCUGGCAUGGAGGUCGUCCCCGUUAAGUGCUUGGCCAACGGUAACUUGGAUCUUGUCGACCUUAAGGCCAAGGCUGCCAAAUACUCUGAGCGCCUUUCUGCCUUCAUGGUUACCUAUCCCUCGACCUUCGGUGUGUUUGAGGAUACUGUUUCGGAGGCUUGCGAGAUCAUUCACUCCAACGGAGGACAGGUCUACAUGGAUGGCGCCAACAUGAACGCUCAGAUCGGAUUGACCUCUCCCGGCCACAUUGGCGCUGAUGUCUGCCACUUGAACUUGCAUAAGACCUUCUGCAUUCCCCACGGAGGUGGAGGACCCGGUAUGGGGCCCAUUGGUGUCAAGGCUCACUUGGCGCCCUACCUGCCCGGUCACCCUGUCUUGAAGGUUGGAGGAGACAAAGCCAUUGGUCCUAUUUCUGCCGCUCCCCACGGUUCUGCUUCGAUCCUCCCUAUCUCUUGGGCCUAUGUCAAGAUGAUGGGAGGCGAGGGCAUCAAGAACGCUACUGAGAUUGCUUUGUUGAAUGCCAAUUACAUGGCUCACCGCCUCAGCAAGCACUACAAGGUCUUGUUCACGAACGAGAAUGGAAUGUGCGCUCACGAGUUCAUCAUCGAUAUCCGUCCCUUCGGCUCUGUCGGUAUUGAGGCUAUUGAUAUUGCCAAGCGUCUCCAGGACUACGGUUUCCACUCACCCACCAUGUCUUGGCCCGUGCCUAACACUCUCAUGAUUGAGCCCACUGAAUCUGAGAGCAAGGAGGAGCUCGACCGUUUCUGCGAUGCCAUGAUUGCCAUUCGCGCUGAGAUCCAAGAGGUUCAGGAAGGCAAGCAGCCUCAGAAGGACAAUGUUCUCAACAAUUCUCCUCACACCUUGGCUGUGUUGAUGAAGGACGACGAGUUCUGGAAGAACAAGUCUUACACCCGUCUCCAGGCUGCUUACCCCUUGCCUCACCUCCACAAGUUCAAGCUGUUUCCCACUGUCUCCCGUAUUGACGACAGCUUCGGUGACCGCAACUUGAUCUGCUCGUGCCCUCCCAUGAGCGAUUACGAGUAA